AUGGCUGAGAACGAAAGACACCUGGAGCCUAAAGUGACCGAGUUGACGCCGCAUUCUGCCGAGCAUCGGGUCUCCCUUUACCCUAUCACGAUGGAAGAGAGUAGACGCGGCGAGGAGACGGGUAAAAAGGAAUCAAACGCGUUGGAAAAUCGUGGGCAGAGAUCGUUACAACAAACACAAUCGUUGCCGCAAUUGCAGCCUGGUGGCACGCAAACGGACAGGAAGGUGGAAAAUUCUGGUGAAAACAUUCCGGACACGAUCAGCAGUCAAAGGGUGUACAAGAAAUCGUCGCCGAACAACAAGCUCACUCUAUACUUGGCGAGCAGGGAUCUGAUAGUGAGCGAGGCGAAAAUCGACAAACUGCAGGGUGUGCUGUUGACCGACCCCGAGUUUUUGCAAGGUAAAAGGGUAUUCGGGCAAAUUACGUUGACUUUUCGUUACGGGAGAGAGGAUGAAGAGGUGAUGGGGCUGAAAUUUUGUAACGAGGCGGUUAUGUGUAUCGCGCAACUGUACCCGCCAUAUUCCGGUGCUGAUCAACAAGAAACGACGCCGUUACAGGAGGCGUUGGUGAAAAGGUUAGGCCCGAACGCCCACGCUUUCACCAUGGAGAUCACACCUUUGGCACCCCCAUCGGUGCAAUUGGUGCCCGCGAAAGAAUAUAAUGGCGCCCCUAUCGGUACCAGCUACGACGUCAGAGCAUACAUCGCCGAUCGGGCGGACGAGAAGCUGCACCGGAAAACGACCGUCAGGAUGGGGAUCCGUGUGAUCCAGCGGACCACGAAACCGCCAUUGCCAGCCACGAACACGUACAGCGUGCCAGUGUCGGCUAGUCUUUCCAGAGAUCAAUCUUGCAAAGCUAGAGUCUCGUUCGUGGAGAAUCACGAGAUCACGGAGGACGAGGAGAACACGGGCCCCCGCGCGGCUGUGGAGAAGCCGUUCUUGUUGAGCGACGGCCGCGUAGGGUUGGAGGCGAGGCUGGAUCGCGCGAUCUACGCGCACGGCGACCCGAUCACCGUUCACGUGAACGUGAAUAACAACAGCAGCAAGACGGUGAGAAGGAUCAAGGUUUUCAUAGUGCAACACGUGGACGUAUGUAUGUUCAGCAACGGAAAAUUCAAGAACGUGGUGGCCUUGUUAUCGUCGCAGGAGGGAUGUCCAUUAGGUCCUGGAGCAUCGAUGAAGAAAACUUAUACCCUUAAACCUAUCAAAGGCUCGACCAAAAAUUGGAUCGCCUUGGAGGAUAGUUAUACGAAGGCUGAGGCAAUGUUGGCAUCUACUGUUAUUUGCCCUGGAAAUGGUCCAGAGGACAGAAACGUUUUCGCGAUAUACGUUUCUUAUUACGUGAAGGUCAAGCUAUUAAUCUCAACAAUGGGUGGGGAUGUAUCGCUUAAACUACCAUUCACGUUAAUGCAUAGCAAUACUGAUCCGGAUUUAGUAGGCUUUCCAUCUCCUACCAGAGAGGCAAAAAUUGUAGCGAAAAUGAACGAGGAAAAGAUGGAAAAUAUUGAGAGACAGGAGGAUAACAAUGGGCACAAAUACAAAGGAAGCAAAUUGGAACCGAUUAAAGAGAAAUUGAAAGAGACGAAAGAUAUUGACGUGGAUCUGAUAGAACACUACGAGGAAAGCGACAGCACCUGAGAGCAGGUGCAAACGACCGACGUAUCAUCGCGAUCAUCGGUGAAGAACAAUAAUGGUGCAAGAACCGUGAAGAAUUCCAAUCACAAGAACUGUAAAUUGGGUUUCAGUAUACAAAGAGCUUGGUGUUGUUUCAGAAGAGCCUCUUAGUAACGUAAAAAGAAAAGAAACAUGAC